AUGCCUGUUCGCGCUGCGCGCUCCAAGACGGGCUGUCAGGCCUGCCGUCGCCGCAAAGUGCGCUGCGACGAGCAGAAGCCCGUCUGCGGCGCCUGCACGCGGCUGCAGCUGCCCUGCUUCUUCCAGCCCGGCACCGGCCCGGCCGUCGAGACGCCGCGCUACCGUGUUCGCUUUGUGCACUCGCCGUAUUCGCCAGGACAAAACGGCAGUGUCCAUGCCGGCAGCAGCAAAAACGACCAGGGCAGACAUGAUGUCGCGGGCUCGCGCCUGCGCACUGCCAGUGCACCCAUCUCGUCUCUGCUGUCGGGCCCGUCUGAUCAUCCAGACGACUCCGUCCCGUUGCCACCACCACAAUCACAACCACCUUCUCAGCUCGAUGCUGCCUCAACGAAACUACAGCGCCUUGAUGGAGCCCGUCAACAGGUGCUGCCCUUGACACCUGACCCGGCCACGCCCCAUAGCGUCUCGCCCGUCCAGUCUCGGUCUGUCGUAUCUCUCCAUCGCCAGACUCAACACCCCCACUCCAUGCACGGCCUCACCUACGAGAGCCACUCCAUAUCUGCUCCGGCACCUAUCAUCGCUGAGCCCUUGGCGGCUAAUGCCGAUUCGAUAGUUCAGGCCGGUCACGUGCCCACCUUCUUCGACCUCAACAUGCACUUUGACCUGCUGGAAGAAAACUGGAUGGCCAUCGACCAGCCUUCUGACCCCUCUGCACCCGACCUGGUUGCCAUGACCUACACAGACACGCUGGCCGUGCAUGCCACACCCGACUCCAGCUCUAAUCCCUCCUCUGCACCCGUCUCGACUCCGACAUCUGCCUCUGCUUCCCUCGCACGCACACCCACUCCAGCCACUCCCCAGGUUCCGGUUGUCAUCGACACCGACGACCACGUGCUUAUUCAGCACUACCUCAACGUCAUGUCGCAAUACACAAAGAUCCGUGGCUCCGGCGACGAGAAUAUCUACACCCAGAUCUUCAGCAACAUGGCCCUCUUUUAUGCUCCACUCUACAGUGCCAUUAUGGCCUGGACCGGGCUGCAUCUUGGCCAGCGCCAGGCCGAGUCGCAGAGCUUGCCGCAGCCGCAGCCAGAGUCGGCUCGCAUCCGCCAGGCCGAGCGUCGAUACGACCGCGCCGUCUCUCUGCUGCACGAUGACCAGGAUGUGGCCCACCAUUUUGAGCUCUCGCUCGUGACCAUCUGGUUCUGCCUGCAGUUUGAGCUGCUAGCUGCUCGCGGUAUCGAGUCGUUCUGCCACCACCUGGAGUUCACCGCCGACCUGGUCGAUGCCCACCGUCGUCACCACCGUGCUGGGGGUGCUGCCGUCACCCUCAGCUCUGUGGGUGCCCGCGUGCUCGUGUGGCUCGGCACCUACGACGCCCGUGCCACGUGGAUCGGUGGUUCGGGCCGGUUGCUGCACAACCUCGAGCUGUUUUCCUACGAGCACGACUUCUUGGCCGCCGCCUUCCCUCUGGCAACCGACGGUACCGGAGACGGCAGCAGCCAGGCAUCACGAAGUGCCUCGAUCGCAGCAUCGGAUGGAGGAGGUGGAAGCGGACGUGGAGGAGCAGAAAGAGCAGGAAAACGGAGUGAUCCACCUUCCACAUCACCGACAUCAUCGUCUCCGUCCUCGCCGGUAUCCCUCCCGGACUCCUCGCCCUAUUCGUCGUCGUCGCUGCAGACAUGUCUGCGACUGACGAUCCAGUUCGACGCCGUCGACAGCCGUAUCGCCCAGCUGCACCAACGCUCCGUGCCUGCGCCAGCGGCUAUCUGGCUGGCCCUGCAGUCGGACCUGAUUACGGCCCAACAGCGGCUGGAGAGCCGGCCGGCCGUGGCGCCCAUCUUGGCAGCUAUGUUUGGCAGCGACACGAGUCCCAACACGGGUGCUACCGUCACAUCCAACACACACACCCGCACAGUCCGGCCGCCCAGCAAGAUCACCACACACCAGUUUAACGAUUUGCUGCUGUUGUCGGCCUGCUACACCGGAAUCAUCUGCUUCCACCGAGUGCUGCCAGCAGUCGUGGCCCGAGACAUGGCUCCGCAGCUGCGAGGACUGCUGGGUCCCCAGGCAGCGGCUACGCGUGUCCUGCGCAUAGCAGCAUGGGUGAACCGACUGCGGGCGCCAUCACCACAGAACAUCUGGCCGCGCAUCCUUUUCCUGGCUGGCAUCGAGACCACCGACCCGGUCUACCAGGACUGGGUCGUGCGCACGCUACUCGAGGCCGAGCAAUGGGGCGGUAACAUGGCCAAGACGCGCACGUUGCUGCAGCACAUAAUCCGUCUCCAGACCCACGAGGGCGGCCGCAUCGAUUUUCUCGAAGCCAUGCGGCAAACGACGGGGCUGUUUAUCAUCUGA